GAUUUUACAAUUUAUUUAUAGGAUUUUAAAUUAAUUAAACUCAUUUAUAUGCACAUUCAGUGCUGCCUCGUUUUGGGGAAAACAACCAAUUUUGAGAAUAUUAUGUCAGUUGUUUUCCAGUUUUUCUAGCGAGAUCUGGCAACCCGUGUGCACAAGAGGUGAAGUUUACAUUUAGCGUUUUAGCAUUAACAGUUAUCACUUCAGCUGGCGAGAUGUCAUCAAUAUUAAGAUACUGUACCAAAUUCAGCUCGUCUGGAUUUGUAUCACUGUUGUCUGGAAACAGCAGUCAUGGAAGAAUCUGUGCUCUGCCAUACAUUGUAUCUAAAAACAGAUAUUCAUCAUCCUCAAAAAUUAAAGUGGACCUGGACAGUAGUAAGGGUGUUGCUGUAAUGCAGUUUCAAAGUCCUCCUGUCAACAGUCUCAGUCUUGACUUUUUGACUGAGUUUUCUAUUAAUUUAGAAAAACUUGAGCUGGACAGAAGCUGCAGGGGUUUGAUCAUAACAUCCGCCCAGCCGAAGGUGUUUUCUGCAGGCCUAGAUAUUUUGGAAAUGUAUAAAAAGAGCCCAGAGCACUGCGCAGAAUUCUGGAAGGCUGUACAGGACGCGUGGCUCAAGCUUUAUGGGUCCACCAAGGUCACAAUCGCCGCGAUCAAUGGUUCCAGUCCUGCAGGUGGUUGUUUGUUGGCUAUGUGUUGUGACUACAGGAUCAUGGCUGAUAACCCUCGCUAUAACAUCGGUCUCAAUGAAACACAACUUGGUAUAGUUGCACCAUUUUGGUUUAAGGACACCAUGGCAAACGUUGUGGGCCAUAGAGAAACUGAAAAGGGUCUUCAGCUGGGUUUACUGUACAAUGCCCCUGAAGCCCUGAAGGUUGGUCUGGUGGAUGAGCUUGUUCCUGAGGAUAAAGUUCUCAGCACAGCUACUGAGACCAUGACAAAAUGGUUGGCGAUUCCAGAUCACGCCCGUCAGAUUAGUAAAUCCAUGAUGAGGAAACCCACAGUAGACAAACUUCUUGCAAACAGGGAAGCCGACACCGCAAACUUUGUCAGUUUCAUUACCAAAGACUCCAUCCAGAAAUCUCUUGGGAUGUACAUGGAGAUGUUGAAGAAGAAGAGGUCUUGAGGACCGAAGCACGUGCCUGUUGUUGAUGCUGCCUUUAUGUAGUAUAUCACAUCAUCCUCUCUUUUGUCACUAGAGGGUAACUUUGUUUGUAAAUAAAAUCUUUAAAACCGAAAUGGGAUGUGAAGUUAUUAGCAUGUGAGUAGUGAGGACAACUGAGGGACUCAUAUGCAUCUAUUACAGAAGGUUCAAACAGUCAUUGAUGCUUCAGAAGGAAACAUGAAGCAUUAGGAGCCUGGGGUGAAAACUUUUGAACAGAAUGAAGAUGUAUAAAAGAUGUAAAUAUCGUUUUUUCAUGUAGUACUGCCCUUCAGAAGCUACAGAAUAUACUUACAUGUUUCCCAGAAGACCAAAUAAGUUAAAUUUACCCUGAUAUUCAAAUUCAAAAAGUUUUCACCAUCCAUCGUGUUUCCUUCUGGAGCAUCAGUGAGUGUUUGAACCUACUAUAAUAGUUGCAUAUGAGUCCCUCAGUUGUCCUCAGUGUGAAAAGAUGGAUCUCAAAAUCAUACAGUUGUUGGAAAGGGUUCAAAUACACAAAAAUGCUGAAAAACCAAAGAAUUUGUGGGACCUCAGGGAUUUUCUCAAGAACAGCGGGCAGUUUAACUGUUCAGGACAAACAAGGGACUCAUCAACAACUAUCACUAAAAAAUCAUUUUUAUAAAUUCGACUAUUAUUUUUUUCUUGUGUGACCAUAUGUAAAUGCUUUUAAUGUGAAAUAGCUUAUUCAGGUCAGUACUAAAUUAAAAAUAACAAAUUUUG